GUCCAAACUCAACUCCCUUUCAAUUUAUACUUCCUCCUCCUCCGAAACUCAAAAUGUCCCCGCCUAACCAGAAAUAACAAACAAUCCGGCAGUUGUUCGGAAUGUUCUCCUUCCUCCGACCAGCCAGGGCAAGGGACCCCCCACCUGAGAAUCUGCACGCCUCCUCUUUGCCGCCCAAUGGUUCCAAUAAUGAACCACAAGAUGGCAACACACAAGACAAUUCAGAGGCUGGCGUUUGCGGAAACAAGUUUGUGAUCCAGACCGGACACACACACCAGGGUGCCUUCCUCCACAGUCCUGACUAUGGAGCCACUUCUGGUACUUAUUUGGAGGAGAGGGUCCCUGUACCCCAAGAGGACACUGAGCAGAGGGGCUUUAGUCUGCGGAAGUUGUGGGCCUUCACCGGGCCGGGUUUCCUGAUGAGUAUUGCCUAUCUGGACCCGGGAAACAUUGAGUCGGACCUUCAGUCUGGAGCAAAGGCUGGUUUUAAGCUUCUGUGGGUGUUGCUGGGGGCCACCAUCAUCGGCCUGCUUCUGCAGAGGCUGGCUGCCCGGCUGGGCGUUGUCACCGGGAUGCACCUGGCCCAAGUCUGCCAUCGCCACUACCACACCGUGCCACGCGUCAUCCUGUGGUUGAUGGUGGAGUUGGCUAUCAUCGGCUCCGACAUGCAGGAGGUGAUUGGCUGCGCCAUCGCCUUUAAUCUCCUCUCAUCCGGCAGGAUUCCAUUGUGGGCUGGCGUCCUUAUCACAAUCAUCGACACGUUUGGCUUCCUCUUUUUAGACAAGUACGGACUGAGGAGGUUGGAACUCUUUUUCGGUUUGCUGAUCACGAUUAUGGCCAUCACGUUUGGAUAUGAGUACGUGACCGUGAGUCCAGACCAGAGCCAGCUGCUGAUGGGGAUGUUCGUGCCAUAUUGCAAAGACUGCGGCGCCGUCCAACUCGGCCAGGCGGUGGGCAUCGUGGGAGCUGUCAUCAUGCCCCACAACAUUUACCUUCACUCUGCUCUCGUCAAGUCUCGAGAAGUGGAUCGGUCGAGCAAGAAUCAGAUUCGUGAGGCCAACAAGUACUUCUUCAUCGAGUCCUGCAUAGCCUUGUUGGUGUCCUUCAUCAUUAACGUGUUUGUGGUGGCCAUCUUUGCAGAGGCCUUCUACGACCGCACAAAUGUGCAAGUGAAUAACGUUUGCAACCAAACAGGGAGUCCUCACUCACACUUGUUUCCACUCAACAACCACACUCUAGAAGUGGACAUCUACAAAGGGGGAGUGGUACUGGGUUGUUUCUUUGGCCCAGCGGCCCUCUACAUCUGGGCUGUUGGCAUCCUGGCGGCCGGUCAGAGCUCCACCAUGACAGGAACGUACUCCGGCCAGUUUGUCAUGGAGGGUUUCUUAAACUUGCGCUGGUCUCGCUUCGCUCGGGUGUCGCUGACCCGCUCCCUGGCCAUCGUGCCCACGCUGCUGGUUGCCAUCUUUCAGGACGUGCAACAUCUGACUGGCAUGAAUGACUUACUCAACGUGAUGCAGAGCAUGCAGCUUCCGUUUGCCCUCAUCCCCAUCCUAACUUUCACCAGUUUGCCGUCCGUCAUGAAGGACUUUGCCAAUGGAUUGUUUUUUAAGAUCUGGGGCGGCCUGGUCAUCUUGGUGGUGUGUGCCAUCAAUAUGUACUUUGUGGUGCUUUACGUAUCAACGCUCAGCCAUGUGUGGCUCUACGUGCUGACUGCCUUCCUGUCUGUAGCCUAUCUGGCAUUUGUGGGAUACUUGGCGUGGUUGUGCCUGAUUGCUCUCGGUGUGCACUGCCUGGAUCCAAGCGGCCGCAGAAGGAACGACGCUGCCGUCUUUAUUGAGCCGCAGCUGGAGUUUGAGUCCUGAAGGAAUGCGUGCAUGUUUGAGCAGGUCAAAGGUCGCCUCACAGGUGAUGUUGAACUGCACAUCUCCGAUAAAGUUUCAUAGCAUAUACAGUCAAAAAUAUAUAUAUAUAUAGUAUAUAUUUCAUUUUCAAUGUAUGUUUAUCGUCGUUUUCAGCUUUGUCAUUACCUUUGGGCGUCAGUUAUUUAAAUCUCACUAUAUAUAUCUCUAUUUGUGGGCAGGGCCGGUCCCAAUUGUCGGGGAAUAGCGAGGGUCGACGGAACAGUUAUCAAAUGAAUUGUUUUAAAUCGAUUGGACAGAUUGGUCCAUCUUCUGAUCGGAUUUUUAUUUUCAGUUUGCUGAUCGAUGAUCGGCUUCAACUCCUGAUUAUGUGCCAAGCCGAGUGUUGAAUGUAUGAAUCGCCACAAAAAUAACGCCUGCACCUAACAUGCAUAAAUUGUUCGUUGAAGUACUAUAUGAGUGAUACUUUAAAAUAUGGGUAAAAAAUACACUGAAUAAAUACUAUUGGUUGCUA